AUGAUCGAAGAAAAGGUGGAAAUGGCAGACGUCCCGCUUACCACUGCCGUCGACGGCGAACACAUGACAGAGAAUACCGAAGAGAAAGAGAAAAAAGGUAUGACGGGCGCCAAGCAUCGGUUCUCGUUGGCCAAUCCGUUCACUCGCAAGCAUGUGUCAGCCGUGACAAAGACCGAAGAAGAGGCGACAAAACAAGAAGCAAAGAGUUGCGAAAAAACAAACAAACAGCCUCGUCAUUGGUUCACCUUCCACAACAAACACUACGACCAAAUGGACAAUGCCGAAACGAAAGAGGAGACGACCACUGUGGCGCUAAACCUGAUGGAUCGCGACGAAAAGAACAUCAAUGACCAUGUCAAGCUAUCUUUCGAAGACGUGCUGGCCGAACCGGACAGCUCCCAUUCGUUGGACUGCACUUGGCGCCUGACGCACCGCGUGUUUACGAACGUGCAAAAGGUCGUAUAUCGAUUUCUGGCCCUCAUACUUGCCUUACCGUGUGCAAUUGUUUGGGCAGUAAUCCUCGCCGUACUGACCUCUAUCUACAUCUGGAUUUGCACACCGCUUCUUGCGGUGCUUAGCAUGCCGUUCAACUGCCUCUUCAAAGUAUGGAGUUUCUUGGUGCGGUCUACGUUGGACCCUUUGUUCCACUCCGCGGGUCUGUGUGUGAAUUCGAUCCAGAUCAGAAGAACCAACGUAUGCCUGAACCCUCAGGUAUGCCCGUAG